CCAGGUGCUGAUUCCUGAAUACAUUUCUGAAAAUUUAAAAGUGAAAACAAUCAGAGCCAAGAGAAAUCAGUUAGUGAGUGAAAGUCUCUGAAGGCAUAUGAACACAGAAGGUGAAAAAUGAAAAUGUGAUUUUCUAACUACUUUCUCAAGCAAACUUGGAAUUAAAGAAUUUCUUUCCUCAGACCUGUGGCCCAAAACUUUUGCUAUGGCAUGUGUUACAGCCAUUUCUGUCCUGCUGAUAUUAAGCUUUUUCCAGUGUAAGACACUAUUUUCCACAAUCCUGGCAAGUGGACAAGAAGACAUAAAGGAUGCACUUAGACUACAUAAUAUUCUGUGGGCCACCAAGAAUGAUUCAAGAGUUAUUUUGUCUUGGAGCAAUAACCUGACAAAAGAAGAAACCAGGAAAUACACUGUGAAGUAUAUUUUGAUUUAUAAGUUCUUCAAUACCACUAAAGAAAAAAAAGAAAGGCUGCAGGAGAAGGAAAAGAUAAUACAUCUUAAAUUACAUUCUGGUUUUAAUGCUAAGGUUAAGACACAACUUUUUGCAAAAGAAACAGAAGACAUAAUUAGGGAGAGUGACUGGACAGAAUUUACUUACAAGGCACAUCCAGUCUAUAUUCAGAAUCUUUCGUGCAUCAUAUAUAACAUUUCUUUUUUCAAUUGCACCUGGAACAUCAAAGCAGAAGCUCCUGAAGAUAUCCAGAUCUUUACCUCAUACAGACAUGUAGGAAAAGUUUUUGCAUGCCAGAAAUAUAUAAAAAAUGCAAGGAAGAAAAAUAUUGGCUGCAAUAUGAGAGAAAUACAUUUCCAACCAUCAAGGAAAAUAAAUUUAAAUAUAACUGUCAGAAAUUUGAAAAAUGGUUCAAGAGGACUGUCUUAUUACAAAGCUUUCACACCUCAGACAAUAGAGAAGCUGAACCCACCAAUCAACGUCUCGGUUUCCCUUGAAAACAGAAGUAUUAAAAUUCACUGGAAACCUCCCCCUACUAUUGGUUCAGCAAGGAAAAAGUGUUUUUUGUACCAAGUGAAAAUAACAGAUCAUAAGAUUGUAAAUGUCACUGCAGAGAACUAUAAGUAUUCAUUUCAUAAGCCAGAAAAAAAAUGUGCAGCACAAGUGAGGGCAAAGAAAGAGAUUUGCAUAGCAAACAAGAUCUGGAGUGAAUGGAGUGAACCAGUAUUUAUUCACGAUGAAAAGACAGUGGAUAUCCUGCUACUAAGCCUCUCAUUGCUUUGUCCUCUGGUUUUCCUUGGAGGUUUGAUGAUAUAUGCAUGUAGAAGGUAUAGAUGCCUGGAAGUUAUAACCACGCCUGUUCCACAUCCUUCAGAUCAUAUCAAAACGUGGUUAGCAGAUGAGACUCACCACCAGCAACAUAUGCAAAUGCAAAUGGAGACGCACUCAGAGGUUACUCUGGGAACACUAGAAGAGAACAGAGAUGAGAACAUUCAACCACAGAAAUGUUUGAAAGAAUUUGUGUUAGAAGAUCUAUAGAGGUGGUAUGCCUUUUUUAUCUGCAUGCAAGUGUACCUUUCCAUGAGGUGGACAAUAUUCUAACAGAUCAAAGAACAGCUGAUAUGGGAGUUUGUCUGAGACCAAUAACUUGAAGUACUUUGUGCUCUGAAAACAAUGCAACUCUUAAAAUUAGCUUUGGAUCACAAACAAAAAGAAGUAUCUUGCAGUUUGUCUCUAAAAAAACUGAUCUCCAGCCCAAUAAAAUUAGAGCAUCUCAGAAAAUACGAACUGAUGUUGACAUCCCCUUGGGUUAAAAUGAAAUUAGAAUUAGUGUUUCAUAAUGCUACAAUAGCUUCCAAGUACUGUCUGAUAGAUCAAGAGCUUUUGAAGAUUGGCUGUUCAUACAAAUCUCAUACUAGCUAUUAAACAUCGGAUUGAUGUGGUCAUGAGAAAUGGUGGAUGUAGUAAAUGUUUCUGGAAACAGCAAGAGAAUCUCACAAGUGUUCUCUAAAACUAAUAUAAAAAAAAAAAUCCCUUUCUGAGUCACUGCAGUGUGUAAGCACACAUCAACCAGAAAGAAAAGUGUGAAGACAGGGUCUUUUAAUAUUGUGGACUUUGCAGUUAGCAAUCUAAGUAAAACAAGAAAACUUUAGAUGAGGUAAAGUUUUCUGCUGUAUUGUGAGUGUUUAAAUAAGUUUAUCUCAGAGAAGUGAAAGUUCAGAACUGACCAAUUUUUGCUAUUUAUUUUUCCCUGUCCAUUUAAAGAAUCUUUCCUACUGAUUCCAUGAAGUGACGAGCUAUGCUAGUCUGUUUUCAGGUACACAAUCAGGGAAGAGUUAUUCUAACUCUUAGUUAGGACAGUGUUUAUUUGACUAGAAGAGAAUUAUUUGAUUUUGCAAGGAAGACAUUUCUUUUUUGAAGAUGGGAAAUCAAUGAUGGACAUAAUUUUCUGGAAGGUUUGGAAGAUACCUAAAAAUUACUUGCUUUCAUUACUGGUAACAUUUUUCCAUGUCAGAAUAGUACUUAUUGGAAG